UAUUUUAACUUAUUUAUGUGAAAAAAGUGGAGGAAGUUGCAGAGUGUUUUUUUUUUUUUGAAGUGGAGCUUCAAUGGCGAAUCACCCAAGGGCUCGCAAAAGAGUCCAUGCUACAAUCCCCCGCCGUUCACCCAAUGGCAGUGCCUUCCAGAAGUGUGAUAUUUGUGGUGACAUGGUGGCGAUUGCUUUGGCUGAUAUGCACGAAUGUGGGCCUAAAAAGAAAGAGUUGAAGAAGUUUAAGGGCAUUUCUGGAACUCAAAAUGCUGUCAAACCAAUGGUUCGUUUGCAACCCAGAUCGGCUUUUAAUAUUUUCUGGGAAAGCUUUAUGGAAGCCAACAAGAAUGGAAAUUUGGUUGAUGUUGAUCGGAAGGUGUUCGAAACUUGGAAAAACAUGAGCGAGGAGGAGAGGAAACCAUAUGUUACUCAAGCUGGAAAGUUGAACUCAGCCUACAUGAAGGAUAUGACUGAAGCGGAUAAAAAUAUUGUAAAGGUGGAUGAUGAGGCUGAUUCAGCAAUGGUUGGGAAAUUUGAUCAGUUCUAUGAAGAUUAUGGGUACUAUGAAACAUCUGAUGAUGAUGGUGAACCAUACCACUCUGGAGGAUUCGAGAGCUUAAACACAACUGAACGCAGGGAAACUGCUAUCGAGGGCGGAACUUGAAGAUGUUCUGGUUUUUGUUGAACCCUUUUUUGUUUCAUGUCAAUGGGACCUUAUCCAACUGGCAAUGGUGGAAAAAAAAGUUUGCCAUUUUGAUUCAUUUGUUAAGGCAAGUCAUUUGGCUAUUGUAAAGUAGUUAUAGGGGUUUUAGCCUUCGAAGCAGAUUGGUAUUUGUUUUGUUACUUGGCAGUGGCAGUGGCAGUGGCAAUGGCAAUGGCAAUGGGGGUUUCACAGGUGAGUGGCAAGGGCUAUAGAGGAAGCAUCUUUUUGUCUAUAUUUUUUUAGUUCUAUGUAGUUUGGUUGAUGGAAUGAAUAGGUGAUAUGUUGGGUUGGAUAAAAUAAUCUAUAUUUUAUCGAAGUUAUGUUUGUUUUUA